AGAUAGGCAUUGCAACUUUGAUACCAAGUCCAGGAAGCAGCAUGGUGGCCGGUCUUAGUGUUUACAGACGCACUGUCACGAAAUCAGACGUGCGAGCACGGCAGGGCAUUUAGCUUGUUCCUUGACAGAUUGAGAGUUACUUUGCUUAAGGACUUGCUCGUUCUUGUUACUGGGUGUGGGAUAACUGCUGCAUUUAUAAUCAAGUUCAAAACAAUCCACCAUGGACUCCAGGUCGCACCGGCUUCCGUUUUGCCUGUCCAGCUCCAGGUCGUCCUACGCGUCCAGUCCAGCGGUCUCCUCCUCGUCCCUGGGCUCCAGUAGACUGUACAGUCGGGAAUCGACGCUGAACAGUGACCGCUUCCCGAGGGCUUCAUCAUCUUAUAAAGCAGAUCUGGACCAACAGAAUGCUCGUCUCCUGAGCUCCACCAGAGACUACAGCGGCUCCGACAGUCGCUCCACCAGCUGGAAGUUACCCACCUCUCUGACGUCCUCCAGCAGGGCUUAUGAGCGCCCGUGGACUGAGUCCUCUCUGAGCAGCAGGAGUAAACUGAGUGAUUCUGGGAUCCGCUCAGGCCUGUUGAAUGCCAGUGACGAUGGUGAUUCUAAAAGAGCCAAACUCUCGUACAGCAACAGAGGACUGUACUCGAGAACGUCCAGCACCUCAGUUACUGGAUCCACCUAUUCCAGCAGUGGGCUUAGCAGUGGCAGAGGUUUAGGUGAAAAACACAACGACCCGUUAGAUUCAUCGUGGAGCUCAUGUCGUUUGCUCUCGCUGUCGUCGUCUUCCUCCUCGAAGCCGUUGUUGACCAGGAGAGAGCAGGAGGCAAAGUAUGAGCCCAGUCUCUCAAGUUUAGGGGAAAGAAGAAUGCGGACUCCUGGAGUGGGGUCCUCACUGUAUCAGACAGACAGGGUGGCCUCCACAUAUGCACAGGGAGCCCGGCCUAAAGAGACUGCCUACUCCUCCUCCUCUUCUUCCUCUUCUGCUGCCAGACCAAGCUCCCUAAAUUACCACCUCCCACCCCCCACCUCCCACCGUUCUUCCCCUCCGGUGCGUGACCUGAACAGCAGAACCACAGGCCGUUUCUCGAGCGGCUCAUCCACCCUCGGCUCAUCCACCCUCCGCUCAUCUCAGGAACAAACAAGAACUUCUGAUUCCUCCUCAGAUAUCUCCUCGUCUUACUCCUCUCGAACCCGAUGGUACCCCACCCCCCUGGUCAGACCAGAGGCCACGCUCCCUCCAAGGCCGGCCCCCGAAGGUGUUGAGCCAGAGAGCCGCUCCUCCACACGACGCCUCCUGUCCCGUCUAUUUUCCCGCCGCUCCAGCCAAGAGUCUUCUAGUGGAUCUUCCAGUGUUCGCUCCCUUGACGAUGACAGUCCAUCAACCGGAGGAGAGUCCGUGGACGGUGACGAGGGAACCAGGAUGUCCAGUGUGGACCCUGACGCUGGAGGCUCAGAGACGACCUUGGGCGGCCUCAGGACUCGUAGAGCAGACCUCGCACCUAUCCGGGAAAGCAACAGCGAUGGUUAUCGUAGCAGCCCGGCAGGCUCCAGAAUGCCAUUGUGGAGAGAGCCUGGUGUUGGCAGUAGUAGUAAUACCACCACCACCACCAGCAGCGGUGGAGGCAGCGGCUCCUCCUGGCUUUCCUCCUCUUUCCGUGGCCGCUGCCCCCCCCUGCUCUCCCGGCUCAGACGACACGUGAGGGACGACAGUGCCCAGCCGGCUGCAGAAGAAAGCUACAGCCGUCCACAGCAUUUACUGAGGAGGUGGGACAACGUUGAACAUAAAGCGACACAGGAAGAUGAUGAUGAUGGUGAUGAUGACGACGACGACGAUGAUGAUGAUGAGGACGAGGAGAGUGAAGAGGAAGGAGCAGUUGGUUUAGACGCCUUUGGAGCAGGUCAUCCCUGCCGACUCGAGGAUGAAACGUUACCUGAUCUCGAAGAUGGUCCAGUUGUGUUUCCGUCACGUCGCAGAGUCGCUCUGUAUGAAAACAUUUCAGCUUCUCUGAGUCAGUUGAGGGGUGUUGAAAACCAGCUGGAGGAGCCGAAGGAGAAACCCACCUCCGGUAGGGAUCAGGAGAAGCUGCAAAAGAUCAAGGAGAGGCUGCUUAUGGAGUCUGAUGAGGAGGAGGGCGACCUGUGCCGAAUCUGCCAGAUGUGCGAGGAAUCGGCCUCCAACCCUUUGAUUCAGCCUUGCCGCUGCACAGGCAGUCUGCAGUAUGUCCACCAGGAAUGCAUCAAGAGGUGGCUCCGCUCCAAAAUUGGCUCAGGCACAAACCUGGAGGCCAUCACAACCUGUGAACUCUGCAAGCAGAAGCUGCGCCUGAACAUAGACAACUUCAACAUUCAGGAGUUGUACAGGACCCACGUGCAAUCAGAAUAUGACGAGUUCAUCAGCAGUGGUCUCUAUCUGGUGGUGCUGCUGCAUUUCUGUGAACAGAGGUUCUCGGAUGUCCUGGGAGCUGUUGACGCAGCAGGGUUAUUCAACCUGGUGAGAAUCCUUCACGAACACAUGGACAAUCUUGAAAGUCCUCAUGGAGAAAGUGACGGGGAGGUGCACGACAACCGGCCGUCUAUCGAGUUUUCUGACCUGGACGACGAUCUCGAAGAGGAUUAUUAAUUCUGUGAAUGUGGUGGAACGAGGAUAGAAAGUGGGUCAGGUGAUGAGAAGUUGCAGAGCUGCUCCACACCACACGGUAGCUCACCCACCCCCCCCACACACACACACACACGCUUCGACGUCGUCACGCUCAUCUGAGAUGCAAGAGAGAAACGCCAAGUGCACAGACGCACGCACGUCUUGCCUUUCGUCGCAGGUGGCUUUUGCAAAUAUGCAAACUUGAAUUGAACCAGUGUGUAAAAAAACAUUCUUGUCUGGACACCACUGUACAUGUCUAUGAGAGUGCACUUUAUUCAAUUAUAACUAAAUGAAAAUGCAAGUCUUUUUAACUGUUCUACCACAAGUGCUUUAAUGUUGAUAUAAGGUUGAUGUAGUGUAGAGUUGUGACGGUAAGAUUUUCAGAGAAGAACAGAAAAGUGGUGAUUGUGUACUUUUGUUGUCUGUUUUUCCUCUGAUUAUUAUUUCCACUGAGACUGUUGAAAAAAAAAAAAACUAAAACUUCAUCUUUGUUUCAGUGUCUGAAAUGCUUUAUGUACAAAUCUAGUUUCAUGCUUUUAAUUUUGGAAAUAAAGAUUGAAUGGACUGAU